AUGGUUCAAUUUUCAUUCUAUAGCAAUAACCCUUCCUCCUUCCAAACACAGGCUCGAUAUGGUCAAACAUUGCCUUUGAGUUCAAGAAACAAUACUUUCAUUCCUUCUUAUCUUCCAAACCCGUCUCGAAUUCCCUCAUCGAGUUUAGGAAACACUUCUCUCAUUCCUUCUUCUCUUCCAAACUCGUCUCAAAUUUCCUCCUUGAGACUAGGCAACACUCCUCUGAUUCCUUUUAAUCUUGCAAACCAGUAUCGAAUUUCCUCAUCAAUUUUAGGCAACACUUCUCUCAUUCCUUCUUAUCCUCGUAACGCAUAUCAAAAUUCCUCAUCCAAUAGUGUUACACCUAAAUAUCAUAACUCUUCGAGACCAAUUCUUCAGAAUCAAAUGAAUUUUCGAUAUUCUCCAUAUUUCGAGGGUUCCAAUCAUACAAAUAAUUUUAACCCUUUAGUAUUGAAUGAUUCCAAUCCUCGUUCAAAGACCCAUUUGAAUAGCUAUCAAGGCCAUGGAAAUGCUAGUUUGGAUUCAACAAUGGAACAUCAUGUGACUACUUUUACUAUUACUUUUAAUGAAACAUAA